UCUUGAAUUAUCCUUUUGUGUUCUUUUUACCUUUUUCGAGAUCCGAUUUAAUGUUCUAUUCUUGUCGUUUCUAGGUUUUCAUGGUUUUGGGAAGUGAUCUUUCGCAAUUUUGAAACUUUAUUAGAAUCGUUUGAAUCAUAGUUUUAUGUUGGUCAGACUUGAAAUUGGGUUUGAAUUUUCGGUGUAUUGAGAUCUACUUGGUUUAAAGCUACUCUCUUUUGCAUGAUUUUGAGUUUAUUCCUAUCUAAAUUAAGAAAUGCAGUUUCGAAAAAAAAUAAAACUUGUUUUUGUGUCUAGAUCACUUUGCAUGGCUUUUUCAUAACUCCAAGAUACUUGAGAAUUUCAAGAAAAGUAAAAUUACUAGUUCUUUACUGCAUCUCGGGAGCCAGGCUUCUCAACCAAUUGAUAAGCAUUUGGCAUAAUGAAUUUUGGGUUGCCGAGAAUUUCUUGGUUUGGCAGCAUCAGCUCGAAGAAGGAUGGAGCUAUGGUUGAAACCAUGACAUCGAAGACGUCUCUUGUGGAACAGCCAGAGCAAGAGAAACCGACAAUGUCUAUCUUGGAACAGCCAGAGAAAGGGAGUUCGACAAUUUCUAUCGUGGAACAGCCAAAGCAAGGGAAAGGAUUAUUUGAUAUCAAAUUAUGGACCUGGUCCUUUAGUUCAGCUCUUCCUUGGGCUGGAAAUGCAGGUGAUGGAAAGCAGAAGCCUACUACUAUAAAUAGAGGGUUAAAAAGGCAUGCCCUUUCUCGAAGGUCCUCAAGAUCAAACAAUGGUGUGAAUACUGUUUAUCGGUUUAGACCUUAUGUUUCAAAGGUUCCGUGGCACACAGGGACGAGGGCGUUUCUCUCACAGCUUUUCCCGAGAUACGGACAUUAUUGUGGACCCAACUGGUCUAGUGGGAAAGAUGGGGGUUCGAUGGUAUGGGAUCAGAGACCUAUUGACUGGUUAGAUCAUUGCUGUUACUGCCAUGAUAUUGGUUAUGAUUCUCAUGACCAGGCAGACUUGCUAAAAGCUGACAUAGCAUUUCUUGAGUGUUUGGAAUCAAACAAGCGCAUAGUUACAAGGGGAGAUGCUCAAGUUGCUCAUUUUUACAAAACAAUGUGCAUAACAGGUCUUAAGAGCAUACUAAUACCCUACAGAAGCUACCUUGUGAAGAUACAAUACAGGCAAAAUUUACUCGACUUUGGCUGGAUAUUGAGCAACCUCAGCAAGAGAAGCUGGAGUUUUCAGAAGAAUUGAGACAUAAUGAAGCAUAUCGGAGUUACUCUGCAAUCCCGGGCCUUUCCGGUAUCUUCGCUAUCGUAUUGUACAUAGAAGUUGUAAAGAGAAGGAAUCUGAGGAUUAGGUUCGGUAGAUAUAUGAAAAUGUGGAAACGCUAGUAAGUGGUGUGUGUCUUUUAAACCCGUUGUAUAUGUUUGGUAAUAAUAUGAUCCGAUCAUUUUGUUUGAA